GUUGUUAUGGCUGAUGUUGGCUGCCAGUAGAUUGCGUUUGAAAACAAAAGCAAGUUAUUAGUUUUAAAAGCUACCUUACUAAGUUAUUCUUUUGUAACAAGGCCUCUCAGAGAGCUACGAUGGUUAAUUGCCUUAUGAGCUUGAGGUAAAAACGAAAAAACGAAUGAUCUUCGUGCGUUUGCUGGGAGAUCAACCAAAUGAUGUAAAAAAUAUGCAGAGAUCGAUAUUUGAUGCUGAGCUUUUAGUCAACUUGGAUUUGUUUGCCUUUUCCUGAGAGAAGUUAAGAAAUAUGGCUUCUGCUGCAGAAGAUGACGAGGUGUGUGAAGAAGAGGAAAACACGGUCGAUGAAGAUGGCAGUCCUGCAACUUUGAAAGAAGGGUUAAAAAAGUCGUCUUCUGACUCGAAGAUCAAGAAACUGCGAAGAAAAAUUUCGCAAGGACUAAGACUUUCAUUCAUAAAAGAUGAGAGCGGUGGACCAGGUGUCGCUGUACAAAAUAACAGACAUGCAGAGACUGAUGAUGUUUUCAUGGAGUCCAGCCCUUGUGCAAGAUCAAACAAUCCUGUUGUUAGACCAGUGGUGAGAAGGACUUCAUCAGACUCAAUAGGCACUCGACUGAGAAAGAUCAGCUUUGAGAUUGGUUAUGGUAGAAGGCAUUCUGAUGAAUUAGCACCUGGGGAAUUAAAAGGCCUACCAGAGCCCCUAUCUCCUCCAUUUGGUUGCCUUGAUGCUUAUCAAAAACUGGAACAACUUGGAGAGGGCUCAUAUGCAACCGUGUUCAAGGGGAUCUGUAGUGCAAAUAAUAAAAUUGUGGCCCUCAAAGAGAUCAGAUUGCAAGAAGAGGAGGGAGCACCUUUUACAGCAAUCAGGGAAGCUUCUUUGUUAAAGCAGCUGAAGCAUGCCAACAUUGUAACACUUCAUGACAUUAUACACACCAAAGACACCCUUAUGUUUGUCUUUGAGUUUUUGGACACAGAUCUUAAUACUUACCUUGAAAAGUAUCCAAGAGGCAUCCCUCCACAGAAUGUCAAGCUGUUUCUGUUCCAACUAUUACGAGGAUUAGCUUAUAUUCACAAAAGAAAAAUUCUUCACAGGGACUUGAAACCUCAGAACCUGUUGAUAAAUGAGAGUGGAGAGUUAAAGCUGGCUGACUUUGGUUUAGCACGAGCCAAGUCUGUUCCCAGCCACACAUAUUCACAUGAAGUGGUCACACUAUGGUAUCGACCUCCUGAUGUUUUACUUGGAUCAAAAGAUUAUACUACCUCGUUAGAUAUCUGGGGUGCUGGUUGUAUUUUUAUAGAGAUGAUGACAGGAAUUGCGCUGUUUCCUGGAAUGAGAGAUUCUAUUGAUCAACUCAAUAAAAUCUGGCAGAUAUCUGGAACAGCCACUGAGGAAACUUGGCCUGGAGUUACCCGAUUACCUGAAUAUGAUGCAGAUUUGUUUGUUGAUUUUCAACCUCAGCGACUUGGACUUGUAGCCCCAAAGUUGUUGCUGUUAAGUGGCGCUGAAUCUCUGGCCACAGAAAUGGUUCAGUGUGACCCAAGAAACAGGAUAUCUGCCAGUGACGCCAUGAAACAUGUAUACUUCAGUGAUUUACCAAAGGAAAUCCACUCUCUACUCGACGAGUCGUCGAUAUUCACAAUAACAAGUGUUGAGCUGCACAAGGAUAACGACUAAAAGUGGCCACAUCAUCUCGUUAAGUCUUGGAAACAGAACAGGACAGUGACAUGGUUGAUCAUUAUCUGCUCAGCUCAAGAGACCAAACGAGGAUAAUUUAUCUUCCAGAUAUUUAUUAAAUUAUGUUCCAGUUGUGUGAGCAUCAGUGUUGGUGUACUAUAUUUAUCUAUUUGAAUUAAAAGAGUAUAAUGUAAAUAGUUCUAACAUUUCUAAGAAUUUUUAAAAAUAAUGUAUGGUCUCUGCUUUGUUAAUUAUAUUAAAUGAAUUAAGGUGUUUCAUCGAGUUUGAAAAAUAAAAGAACCAGAAUGUUUGAAGAAAGGAUGUUUACUAUCGCUUUUCAAAUACUUCAGAUAUUUUUGUUUAUAUUUGUGCGUUUCUUUCUGCACGCAGCACGCAAGCGGCACAGGCUGUUUGUGACAAUCAAAAAGCGUCAGGGAGAGGCCAACCGUUGGUUUUCUUCGGCUAUUUUGCUGUUGAGUUAACAGGAGCCAGUCCGGGAAAGGUUAAGUUCUUUUAUGGUGUGAAAUUUCCACUUGCUUGACCGGGAUAUAAAUAUCAUUAACAGUGUAACUCAGGAAAUUUUCGGGCCAUUUUGAGUGGAUAUUUGUUAAUGACACUAUUUGUGAAAUUCAAGCAGGCGUUAUUUUAGUGAGAAGUUGGAUUUUGGGUUGUGUAAGUUGAGUGGCCAUAAGUAGUAUUUAUAUGUCAAUUAAAAACAAAACAAAACUGUU